AGAUUAUUGAAGGUUUACAUUUUAUUUUAAAUAAUCAAUUUGUUUGAAUAGUUUAUUAUGUUUCGCUAAUGAAACUGAAAGAAUCGAAGUUUUUUUAAAAUUGAUUUCGUCACUGUUUAACAAUAUUCGCCACUUUACCUUUUUAUAGGCUCAUGUGGAUUCUAUAUGUCAGCGAAGGUAGUUAAAUUUUAAUUAUACUAAUAUAAAAUUGUACUGGAAGAAACAAAUCUUCUCUCUCUCUCUCUCUCUCUCUCUCUCUCUCUCUGUCUAUUUAUCCAAUGCAUCAUCCAUCCAUCUAUCCUUCUUUCUUUCUUCAUCUCUCUUUCAUUUUCGCUCUUCUCCAUCCCUCCAUCUUUCCUCCCCUUACCUUCUAAAACACUUUCAAAACCUAUCAUUAAAAUUGCAAGUCAUCUAUUUCCUUUUCUCUACUAGAAGAAUUUUUUAUGCUAAUAACCUACUAGUUUGUAGAAGAAAGAAAGAAAUAUAAAAAAUAGCAUUGGCGCCGAUGAAUGAACGAUUUCAGUCAUCAACAGACCACAGAUGAUUAAAUUGAUUUUAUAAGAAAAGUUAAGUAGUAUAUUAUUGAAUAAAUGAAUGUAAUGGCACAUGUAAAAGUGUGUUUUUUAUUACUUCUUUUGAAUAAACAAAAUAUGACCCAUUUUAUUAGGGAAAAGAAUUUUCCGUAGUUGAGGGAUAAUGAUAUGUAAAUGUCUAUAAAAAGCUUUUCGAUCGCGCGCAUUUUGGCUGAAAGCAGCGAUGAAUGCGAACGAAGUAAUUCGUAAAUUUCAAGAAUAUGACAAGGAUAAAAACGGCUACGUUUCGGUUGGUGAAGCUCAACAGAUUUUAGAAAAAGAAUUAGGGUUUACUCCAGAGAGCACUAGAAAAUUAGUAGAGCAAUACGACACUAAUGACGAUGGUCGUCUCUCUUAUGAAGAAUUUAUUUGGUUCUAUUGGCGUGUUCACGAAAAAAAGAACGAUCUAAUCGAAAAAUUUCAAUUAAUGGACAAAGAUGGCUCCCAAAGUAUAAGUUUUGAUGAGGCAAAAGACGUUCUCAAAGAUUAUAAUUUCUCUGACGAUGAUAUAAGAAAUCUCUUCAAUUUACACGAUACAAACAAGGAUGGUGUUUUACAAUUUGACGAAUUUCUAAGAUUUUGGCAAAAUGUUGAAAAGAAAUGAAAUUAAAAAAACAAAUUAAUAUAAAAAAGGAGCACGAAUGCACAAAAACUGUAUCAUUUUCUUUUUAUUUUAUUACUCAUUUCCAGUAUUUCUUUGAACUCCUGCUUCUCUCCUUUUUUCAUUCUUUUUAUCAGUCUUAACGAUUUCUUUUUUCCUCUCUUAUAGUUUUUAUAUACAGUUUACGUAUUAGUCUAUUUCUUAGUCUAUGGCACUGUUCAACUCUUAAGCACGCAUUCGCACGCAAACACACGGGAAUAGAUGAUUCGUGUUGAAAACAUUAAGGAGAGAAUCUUUUAUCACUUUUAUCAACUUUUUUCUUUAUCUUUUCUUCUUCCUUAGACUUUAACGCAAGUUUUGUUCUACUCAUAAUCGUUAUGAUAACUAUUCCCAUAAUAAUAAUAACUUCAUUUAUUUAAUAUUUAAGGUGACCUCAUUCGGCAAUCGACGGAAAUUAAUUAAUUAAUGCCAAUUAAAAAUUCAUUUAUUCCUUUCCUCUAUAAUUUACUUCUUUUCUAAUUAUUUUCCUUAUUUUUUAAAGGAAGCCAAUUGACUAUUUCAUUCAAAUGUUUAAAAUACAAUUCUAAUAAGCGUCGGAAGACGUGGAUUAGUUUUCAAUUAUCUUUAUCCGAACUAGGUGGAGUAACAGUUUACGAUUUUUAUACUUUUCUUCUUUCUCUUUUGGAUCUCUUUUAAACCCGCUUCAGACGAGAUGCGCCAUCUACCGAUUCUUAUUCGUACUACUUUAAACACUUUUGGAAAUUCUACAAAGUUGUUUUACAGAGAUAUUUGUUUGAUUGGGGAAAAAGACAAAAGUAAAGUUUACUGAUUUAGCAACGGGAUCGUCGGAGGAGAGAAGGAGAAGGAAGAAAAAGAGUAAAAAGAAUAUUUGUGAAAAGUUUGAGGCAAAAGCUGCGAAGAAACACAGUAUACUCGUUUCACGUAUACAAAUCGCUGUUAAAAUAACAAACUCUUAACAGUUAAGAAAUCAGUGCUGGGAUCUGUAAAGCAAACAUCUCCAUAGCCAUAGCUAGUUGAAAUAAUUGCAAGUCCUUGCAACUUUUCUAUUCAUUGCUAAGAUAAGGAAAAAUGUCAGAUUGGAGACAGUUUUAUUAAGGGAUUUAUUUAUAGGUCAUUCGAGUACCACAUGAAGUUGAUCGAAAGUAUAUAUUUGUUACAAAUAUUUACUAAAUUUCUCACUUGAUCACGUGAUAUUUUUAAGAUUUAUAUAAUUCGAUUUACCUGGUGUACAGUUCUACGCCUUGUUGACCUAACUCCAAUAUUCAAACAUUUAUUAUUGACAUCAUAAGCGAUAUGUACAAAGUUAAAUUGCAAUUUCUUUCUUCUUUAGCAAAAAACCACUUUUAAUAAAUGUUUUUCAUCUUUUCAACUUUUCCUUUACCCCAUAAAGAUGAAAUAAGAAACAUUUUUU